GUGCUACUUUGGAUAAUAUGACCAGGUGGAGUUAGGAGGACCAAUAUGACACCAUGAUUGUCUUAGUAUGUUACGUGUUACAGAAGGGCUUGUCAUGUUUUGUUGGCUUGCAGAAGUUCAUGUGUUUCUCUGCCCCGCUUUCACUUGUUUACAUUCUGACAGUGGCAGGCCUGACGGGGCAGUGUCAUCAGUGUGCAGGGUGACAGGGCAUUUUGUGUUUGGGGGAUAGUUUACAGACAGAGAGAGAGAGACAGAGAGAGAGAGGGAGAGAGGGAGAGAAAGAAAGAGAAGGGGGAAAACAGCUGAGGUCAGUGCUCUGGAAAGAGCUGUGGGAUGGAGAGCCGAGUGGAAACCAGAGAUUAUGUCAAGCAGCUGAGGCCGUUGUCCCAAACUAAACUGUGUCACAACACUGCUGUUUUCUCUUCAUGCUGGGUGCAGGGUAAGAGGAAGAGGGACUCCUAUGUCAGAGGUUUAGGAUGGCCAGUGAAGGCUCCAGUAUUCCCAGCCCUGUGGUGCGCCAGAUCGACAAGCAGUUCUUGAUCUGCAGCAUAUGUCUGGACCGCUACGAAAACCCCAAAGUUCUGCCCUGCCUGCACACCUUCUGUGAGAGCUUCAACUUUCUUAAUCUGGCAGAUAGCAGGUGUUUGCAGAACUACAUUCCGGCCCACAGCUUGACUCUGUCGUGCCCUGUGUGCCGCCAGACCUCCAUCCUGCCGGAGAAGGGUGUGGCGGCAUUGCAGAGUAACUUUUUCAUCACCAACCUGAUGGACGUGCUGCAGCGGCCAGUGGACAGCUGCAGCCAGGAGGCCGCUGCUCUCAACACCAUCACCACUGUAGCCACAGGCCAGCUGCUCUCCUGCCCCAACCAUGGAGGCAACGUGAUGGAGUUUUAUUGUCCACCAUGUGAGACAGCCAUGUGUCAGGAGUGUACAAGUGGCGAACACGCAGAACACCCAACUGUGCCUCUUAAAGACGUGGUAGAGCAACACAAGGCCUCGCUACAGGACCAACUAGAUGCUGUCAAGAAGAGGUUACCAGAAAUCGACUCAGCGCUGCAGGUGCUGUCGGAGAUCCUGCAGCAGCUGACCAGUCAGAAGAGCUCUAUUGAGGACAGUAUCCAUACUACCUUUGAUGAGCUGCAGAAGACCCUCAAUGUCCGCAAGAGUGUUCUGCUCAUGGAGCUGGAGGUGAACUACGGCCUCAAACAGAAGGUGCUCCAAGCCCAGCUAGACACCCUACUGCAGGGCCAGGAGGGUAUCAACAGCAGUUGUAACUUCACAGAGCAGGCCUUAAGCCAGGGCACUGAGGCUGAGGUGCUGCUGGUGAAGAAGCAGAUGAGCGAGCGUCUCAGUGAGCUGGCCAGCCAGGAGCUUCCUCUGCAGCCCGGGGAGAACAACCAGCUCGACUUCCUCGUGGAGACGGAGGGCCUAAAGAAGUCUAUCCACAAUUUGGGCACCAUCGUAACGACCAAUGCCGUGGCCUCUGAAACUGUGGCUACCGGCGAAGGACUGCGUCAGUGUGUGGUGGGUUUGCCCACUUCCAUCACCAUAACCACCAAGGACAAAGAUGGAGAGCUGUGCAAGAUGGGCAAUGCUGUCAUCACCGCUGAAAUGUCUGCACCCGAUGGCAGCACGGGUGAAGGGGAGAUACUGGACAACAAGAAUGGCACUUAUGAAUACUUAUUCACAGCUCCUAAAGAGGGUAGCUUUACUUUAUCACUCUGGUUGUAUGACCAACAUAUCAAAGGGAGCCCUUUCAAGAUAAAAGCUACAAAGUCUAUAGAUGUGUCACCAACUUCAGAUGGCAUGAAGAAGAGGUUGAAGUCACCAGGCAGUGGGCACAUCAAGCAGAAGGCCAUUAAGAGGCCAGCCAGUAUGUACAGCACAGGGAAGAGGAAAGAAAACCCCAUCGAGGAUGACCUCAUCUUCAGAAUUGGCACGAAGGGAAGAAACAAAGGGGAGUUCACUAACCUGCAGGGAGUGGCUGCCUCCUCCCUGGGCAAGGUGCUGAUAGCGGACAGCAACAACCAGUGUGUCCAGAUAUUCUCCAAUGAUGGCCAAUUCAAGAGUCGUUUUGGCGUCCGGGGCAGGACUCCGGGUCAGCUGCAGCGGCCAACAGGUGUGGCCGUCCAUCCCAAUGGUGACAUCAUCAUCGCUGACUAUGACAACAAGUGGGUCAGCAUCUUUUCAAGUGAGGGCAAGUUUAAGACCAAGCUCGGCUCAGGUAAGCUGAUGGGCCCUAAAGGCGUGUCAGUGGACAGAAAUGGCCAUAUCAUCGUGGUCGAUAACAAGGCCUGCUGCGUCUUCAUUUUUCAGCCCAACGGAAAACUGGUCACCAAGUUUGGUAAUCGUGGCAACGGUGACCGGCAGUUUGCAGGUACACUCAAUGGUCCUCAUUUUGCUGCUGUCAACCACAACAAUGAAAUCAUUGUGACAGACUUCCACAACCACUCAGUCAAGGUGUUCAACACUGAAGGGGAGUUCCUGCUGAAGUUUGGUUCCAAUGGUGAAGGCAACGGCCAGUUCAACGCGCCCACAGGAGUGGCUGUGGACGUCAACGGCAACAUCAUAGUAGCAGACUGGGGCAACAGCAGGAUACAGGUGUUUGAUGGCAGCGGUUCGUUCCUGUCCUACAUCAACACGUCAGCUGACCCGCUGUAUGGCCCCCAGGGUCUGGCCCUCACCUCUGAUGGACAUGUUGUGGUAGCAGAUUCUGGCAACCACUGCUUUAAAAUCUAUCGCUACCUACAGUAGCCCUCUUCCCUUGGUGCAAGCAAACUGUACAGUGUAUAUACACACACACACACACACACAGAAACGUGCACACACAAAGACAUACACACUGGUAUGGAGCAGGUGGCAGGUUUGCACUCAUCCACUUAUCCAUUCACUCGUCAGCCAUGCCUUCAUUGUGCCAUCUGACUGCUCACCUUGUGUAUGUGUGUGCGGCAUCCUGCUAGACCACUGAUGCUGAAGAAACAAAAGAGAGAAGUGGUUGUGUGAAUGGAGUGAGAGUCAUUAUGAAUCUAAUCUUCACAGUUUGGUGACUGGUGCUUUGGAGAGCCAUUCAUAACUCCGUUUCUCACUGAGAUACAUUCCAUCUAAAAACUGCUGAUUUGAAAAGUGAAUCUUUAGUAUUAUGCUUCUGUUAGGCCUUUCAUUUGUGAUAACAAGGCACUUAAUGCAAGUGCAAGAAAACUGGAAAAUAAUGCCAUUGUAAAUGGAUGAAUGAUGAGUUGAUGCUGAUAAUAUUGGUUAGAUCGUGUGUUAAACGAGAGCAACAUCAAAGUGAAAAUAAGAGGUACUGAGAGGUCCCUUACCUGAAAUAUAGUGACAGUUGUUUUCAGAAUAAUUGCAGCUUCUUGUCAAAUGCUCACACUGUCCUCACACAUUUUGCCUGUUCACUGUCAAAGAAAUUUGUCCACCUUAUGUAGCAGGGUAUUUCUGAAGCAUGAUGAGACCUUCCUGUGCAUGAUACAUUUACUAAUAAACAUCAGACAAACUAUGGCACACGACGUAGGCAUCUGUCCCGGACUGAUAGAAAAAUCACAAAACAACAAUGUGAACACUGAUCCAGUCAGAACAUUUUUGUAUCUAUAUGUGGAAACAACUGCUCGGUGUUACACACCCUCACUUUAAAUUAAUAACACACACGUGCUUGUGAAUUGGUUUUAAAAUAACUUAAUAAUAGUGUAUGUGUGUAUCAGGGUGAAGCCUCCUCAUAAUGAUUUAUGAUAGGUUUUUUGUUAUGUGCAAAUAUCUUAGAAUUUGUUCCAUUUAAGUAAAAUAGUAAAAUGCUGAAAAAAGCUAAAGUCAAAGCUAAAUUCCAGUAAUAUCAUUCUGAGGCUUUGUACAUCAGCAGUCCAGCUCGCCAUGUGCCCUUAUGUCUGUCAACAAAUCCUCACAGCUAGUAUCAAGUUGUAUUUUAGUGAACUUAACCCAUUGUCUUCCUUAAAAACAAACAAACAAAAAAAGAUGCAAUGUCUAGUUCACCAGUUAGGGUGUAUGCUGUUAAUUAAACUGUUAAACUCCCAUCAGAAACACCUUGAAGUCAGCGUCCACACAGCCAUCUGUUACCUUUUGUUUGUCCUCAAAGCACACCAUUUUCAUUUAUGUCAAUGUAUAUUUUUCCCCCUGAAUUCAAUCAUUCAUUUUAUACACAAUCCUGUUAAAUUAUUUGUUCUCCUGUCAUGUUUAUAUUUGUGAUGCCAAAUGGAAUUAAAGUGCCCAUAGAAAAGAA